GCAUCAAGUGUGCGUGGGCCGGAGCCGGCGCGUGUGCCCGCCGCCGCUGCGCGCUGGGCGGGGGUGCCGCAAGUGCUUCGGGGCGCGCGCAGCCCCGCGCGGGCGCCCGCGGCCGCCAGAGCAAGGAGGGAUGCGUCCGGGAACUUUUCGCCCGCCCCGCAAGUCCGGGUCGCGGCGUUCGGAGGGGCUGCCCGCCGCCGCCGGCCCCGAGUGCCCGCCCCACCCCCACUUCCGCCUCCCGCCUCUUCCUCGUUCCCGACUCCCAGGGCCGCCGGUCCCCAGGGAGCCCCGCAGGCAUAGCCCCACCCGGCCGGCGCUGAUCGCUCCCACGCCCCCGCUGCCGCUUGUCGGGAGCGCUUCCAGUGAGCCAGCGGGGCGCGGGCGCUGCAGUACCUAUGGUCGCAUAAACAACUACCUAGCACCAGGUCUCGGCUCCGCGGCCGCUGGUGGGCAAUCUCUUCAACCUGGAGCUGACAUGGACCCGAAUCCACGAGCAGCCUUGGAACGCCAGCAGCUACGUCUCAGGGAGCGGCAGAAAUUCUUCGAAGACAUUUUGCAGCCAGAGACAGAGUUUGUUUUCCCCUUGUCCCAUCUGCAUCUCGAGUCCCAAAGACCCCCCAUAGGUAGCAUCUCGUCUAUGGAAGUGAAUGUGGACACACUGGAGCAGGUGGAAUUUAUUGACCUUGCCGAUCAGGAUGGAGCAGAUGUGUUCUUGCCGUGUGAGGACUCUCCACCAACCCCCCAGAUGUCUGGAGUGGACAGCCAUCCAGAGGAGCUGAGCCUGCCGGUACCCACGCCAGACAGGACUACAUCCCGGACCUCCUCCUUGUCCUCUGACUCAUCCAAUAUGCGCAGUCCAAAUCCAAGUGAAGGGGGAGCAGACACCCCCUUGGCACAGUCAGAUGAGGAGGAUGGGGGUGAUGGAGGGGCAGAGCCUGGACCCUGCAGCUAGCAGUGGGCCUCUUGAAGACUGAUCUAUCUGGCCAUUCUCCGUGGAGAGGAGAUCCCAGGCCCAGCAGAGCACCUGGAGAAGACCUGACCCUUUACUUGCCGUCAGCACCAGAGGGGUAAAGGACGGUGGAUACUGUACCUGAGAAUUAGCCUUUCCUGCUUCUGCUAACUUUCUCCUGCUGCAACCCUCCCACCAGUGUUUUUCUCCUGAGGUAGGACUUCCAAAUGAGAAGCUGGAAGAUGAGGUAGGACAAGAUACCACUGCUUUCUUAGUAUCCCUCCUGCCCCCAAAUGACCUGUAGUCUUGCACUAGAGUCUCCUAAGUCAGUGUCUUUGAGGGGAAGGUCUGAGGAGUUCCACUUGCCACUCUGUGAGGUUGUACUGCAGUAGUCCUGCCUCUUUAAGUCCUUUUUGGAACAGGAUAUAGUAUAAAUAAUAAACUAUAAAUAAUAAACUAUAAUAUACCACUCUUUUCACCUUAUUCUUCAUAUUGCAAAGGCCUGCCAUCCUUAACUAACUGGUGCCAUAUCUCCAUCAUUCAUUUACUCCAUUUAGUCAAGAAAUACUUAAUUAAGACUUUAUCUCUGCAAGGCAUUUGAAAUAGAGUUCUGAUGAGAUGAAGCACUUUCCUGUUUUCACAGAGUUUAGUGUCUGUGGUGGAGAAAACCAGGUAAAUAUAAUUCACAAUAUAGUAAGUAGUAUGAUCAAGUUCUCCUCUGGUAUUAGGAAACAAAACUGAAGGAAUGAUUUCCUAAGCAGAGAUCUGAAGGACAGUCAGGAGUAGCCAAGCUGGGCAGAGGGAGAGGGAUCCUAUCCAGGGAGAAGCUGCAGCUUGUAAACACUAAGUGGAAAGGUGUGGGGGCUCCUCCGUAUAAUCUCACAAGAGAGGGGUGAGGCAGGAGUAUCGGGUUCAGGAACAGCUUUGGUUUCAUAGCAUAUUUGAGACCAGUCUGUGUUUCGUGAGACCCUGUUUCAAAAAAUAAAAAAAUAAAAUUAAGGAAACAAAAAAAAGGAGGAGGAGGCUGAAGAGACCGAGUGUAAAGAGCUAAGAAGCAUUUCGUUUGGGUUAAUUGUUGGAUUUGAAAAUAUACAGGGAGAGGUAAACUUGACAGAGGUCAGAUUGUGAAAUGCUUCGAAGCCUGUAUUAGGUUUCAGUUUGACAGCUAGUAAAAGAUCAUGACUUAAGAUACAAAUUUAUUUCCUCAUACUAAAGAAGUCCAAAAUACAGGGCCAUGGGGAAGCUCUGUGGUAACUGAGUACCAAGCUACUUUUGGGUUGUUUUCCUUAGCCAUCCAAGGCACAUGACAUCAGUUUUUGCCCAUACCUUGUAUUUAGGAUGGCUGACAAAGCAUCAGCCGGCAUGGCUGUGAAAUUGCAGAAAACAAGAGAAAACGUGGGGAGUGGGCACAAAGGACACAGCCUGGGGUCUGUUCUCACCUGGAGCUAUAAGAAAUGGUACCCACUUGGUUUCAUUGCCCAGAAUUUUGUAACAGAAAAUGUUUCAUUUUAGACAUUUUAUAGACACUUGACACAGCAUUUUCUAGAAGAGGAAAUUCUAGCUUUUGGAAAGACAGUAACCCUUUCAAAUCACUGAAUUGCCAGUGCAUCGGAUUCCAGUACUACCCGACAUCUCUGAGAAACACAUCCAGCGGGGAGACAUCCCUUCUUAUAGGCCAAACUGCUGUCUUGACUGGUCAGGGUUUUGCUACUAAGGAGCCAAGAGGAUAGCAGUCAUUAGUGGUUUACGUGGUAAGAGGUCAUCCUGUUAGAGUUUGGAGUUUAUUGGGAAUAAUGAAGGAUUAGAAGUGGUUGUGUUAGAGGCUGGAGAGAUGGCUCAGUGGUUAAGAGAAUUGCCUGCUAUUCCAAAGGUCCUGAGUUCAAUUCCCAGCAACCACAUGGUGGCUCACAACCAUCUAUAAUGAGGUCAGGUGCCCUCUUCUGGCCUGAAGGCAUAUAUUGUAUACUAAAUAAAUAAAUAAAUAUUUUUUAAAAAAGAAGUGGUUGUGUUAAAUCUCAAAGAUGUGAGGAGAAAGACCACUGACCCAAAUUAUCACAGCCAAAUUAAUUAAAGCAAACAAUUAAAGCAAGCUUUUUUAUUUAUGUACACAGACUGUCUUCCUCCAUGAGGCAGGGUUCCAGAGAUCAGUAUUGGAAAUGGGGAAGAUAAGAUUUUUAUAGCUCAGGGGUAGGAGGUUUCCAAAUAGGGGAUUUGACAGGGGAAAUAGGUGUGGUUACAGAAGCAGACCAUAACAAGGUAAUCAUAGCAACAGGUGGUCAUUGUAACCUUUUGAAACAAAGGUAGGGUUGCAAAAUAGUCAUUAACAACUUUUUUUUAACAAAGACAUGAUUGCCAGUUCCUGGAAAAGGCAAUAUAGGUAGUCAUUUGUAGUAAAGGUUACAGGUGGGACAUAGCCCAAUUCUUGAGCAACAGGUUUAAUCAUAAACAGGAAUGAACCUAAUUUGUCUUUACUAUAAGAUGGCUUUCAAGCUUAAGAUGGAGGUAAGCUAGUUCAUCAGUUGGACUCGCAUGUUUAAAAAGGUACUUCUGACUGCAGUUUAGAGAAUAUGCUGGAGGAGGUGGACUCUAGACAGACAAAUAACAAUGCAGUAAUGCAUGAAAGCAAAAAUGGUAGUCCAGUAGGCAGUGGUUACUUAGGCUGGAGCAGGGUGUAAACAAACUGACAAUAAUCGUUCCAUAAACAUUACGUACUGGUAUUUAACAAGUGUAAACACAAAUACAGUACUGGACAGAAAGGAAAAGAAAAAGUCGGUUCUGUCCUGGAGCUCAGUGUAAUGGAGCCCAAGUGUAAAUUUGCAGCCAUGACUAGAGCUGCAAAGCAGCCAGCUUCUUCAGAGAGGUCACCAGGGAGUCUCCCUUGAGGAAGCGACAUUGGCGCUGAGGUCUGAAUAACAAGUAGGAAUAAGCUAGGGAAGAAAGAAGUGCUAACAGCCCCUUGUGGCAUACUGAUUGGAAGGGAUCAAUUGCCUGGAAACCAGAAGAUUGCAUUCACCUAAAGGAGAGCUAGGAGCCAGGGUAGAAGUGAUGGGGUAGAGCAAGGUGGAGGAUUGAGGAGACUUCAGAAGCCAAUCUGGAAACAGAGGACAAAGGUACCAACCAGCAUUGUUUGUAUCUCAUCCUGUAGGUUUGGACUGGAGGUUGUAAUAAAUUUGUUUUAGAUGUA